AUGAGCAUGCGAUUCCUCGCCAUCUCCGACAUCCAGGGCAACAUAGACUCCAUUUCCGCCCUCUACCACCAGGCCCUCCGCAGAGGCCAACACAUAGACGCCAUUAUCCACACAGGCAACUUCGGUUUCUGGGACGAAAACACCAUCGACGAGUACAAGGACCUCAGCUACUUGAAGCAGAUCGUGGCGUUUCUGGAGGUGCUAGACCCCGAGUUGGUGGAGGAACUCAACAAUCUCAGUGUCAUCAACUCGUCCAACCCGCUGCCCUCGGCGCUGGACGAGUUCAAGGCGUACAGAACUCGGCUCAAACAGUCGAAAUCGUCCCUCAGCCAGUUUGAUUCGAUCUUGAACGGCACCUACCGGUUGCCGUGUCCUGUCUACACCAUCUAUGGGCCGUUGGACGACCCCAAAAUCAUCCACAAGUUCCACACUGGCGAGUACUCGAUUCAAAACCUCCAUCUCGUGGACCAUUUGAACGUUUGUGAAAUCGAAACCGAGAGCACCCAGCCCAACAUCAAACUUUACGGGUUGGGGGGCAGCUUGAAAAUCCACAGCCUCUUUGACAAUGGAAACUUGGCCUACGAUGGCAUCAGUGGAAAGGUUGGCGAGUUGUGGAUAAGUAUCAUCCAGAUAGCCCAACUCUACAGCAAUCUUGCCAAGGGAGGUGAGUUGAGAGGCGACUCCAACUCAGACACCAUCAACAUCUUCCUUUCACACGCCCCAGUCAUCAAAACGCCGUUGCUUGAACACCUAGCCAUCAUCACCAACUCCGACUUCACCAUCUCCCAGGGGUUGCACUUCCGCUACCCAGUGAUGGGGAACGGAAUGGGGUUCGUGGAUAGCAUGGGUGGAUCCGCAGGGUAUAUCGAGAACUAUCGGUCCAAAUUCUCCCGCUUGCGGAUGAUCUUGGGUGAAUUGUGGUUAAUCAUUAAGCAGGACUUAUUGGAAUUAUUAGACGUUAAUGACCCUGAAGAAGUGAGACAAUUGAGGGCAUCCAUCGAGUUGGGAUUGAGCUUGUUCGACAAGAUCCCCGUGCCCAUGAAUGACCCCAACGAGAAGAUUGUGUCUUUGAGUUUGGAACCCUCGACAAAGACAGAAAUUGACGACGACAGCAAGAGCAUUCUUCGAAGAAUCAACGAUUUGUACUUUCAGGCUUACUACAACUUGUGGCACUUCAACUUGUGCGACCACAUUUCCACACCUAUACCCAAAGACUGCCCCACACUUGAAAGGGAGUACAAUAUUAUGAUCUUCAAGUUGGACCCCGGUGGCAACUUCAAAUUGGACCACACCAGCAGUCAGGGGUUCAACUUCGGGUUCAAGAUGGAAGGCAAGCACCGCCGAGACCAAGAGGCCAGCGAAUGGCCGGCUGGCGAAGACGAUUUCGACAGCAAACCCAAGGUGAGUGCCAUAGAGUACUCCCCCAAGACUGGUGUGAAGAAGCAGAUUUUGGAGAAAGACGAAGAGGACGACGACAGCGAGUCCCCCACCGACGAAUAUCCUAAGUAUGGCAGGUUUAGAGGGCGUGGCAGGGGAAGAGGUAGAGGCAGAGGCCGUGCCCCGAAGUAUAGAGGAAGGGGAAGAGGUGGGUAGAAGCACUUGACGACUACUCGUCGCUCAAGUCUUGAAUACAAAACCUUCACUCACCUGCUCAAAAACCAUUUCAGCAGUGAUUAUCAAAUACGGCAACGCAAGCUGCCUAGCCUGAACGCCUUCAAUUCUUGAGUUGCGAUGUUCAGCACACUAACGUGUCAUUAUAUAGACCCUGAAAGUAGACCCUUGUGAUAUCUGGCCCUUAGGCCACUACAAUGUAGCAGUCUUAAUGUUUAUUAAUAUAUGUAUGUCUACCUGACACGAUGCUUAUGGUCGUAGGAGGCUUCGGAAAUUUAGUGAUGUUCGAAUGGUAACUUUUGACCGAAGAUGACUGGACCAUCUUCCUUUAUUCUGUAGAAGAUGUAGAACCACAUGGUGGCGCCCAAAAACUUGGAGGCGUAUCUAAUCUUUGGAUCCAC